AUGAACUCCGACUCUCGACCCCAGAAUGAAAUGGCAGAGGAGGGCUCGCCACAUUUCGGCUCCCCUCUGAGGGCAAAUGAUGUCGCUCGUUUCUUUAUCAACAGCCCCGUUGAAGCCGGUCAAGUAAAAGUUGAGACCAACCCCGAUGAAGAUUCCUCGACCCUGACCCCAGGAACUACAUCUCCAGUUGCGAGGGCUUAUGAACGCACCCUGUUCCAUGAACCUGUCAAUCUUCCCAGCGAAACUCUAUUUUUGAACGACGAUCAAAUCAUUCAGUUGAUGUACUGUGCACCAAAUUUACGCAAAAAGUACAUCAUCCACUUUGACAGAUACGGGUACCUUAAGAAUCCAUGGAGGCGUAGUGUGCUCUUUGAGAUGAACGAAAACGGCUGCCAAGGAUUUGGAGGAGAAGAAACGGACACAUGCGUUGAGCCUGGAAAGGCAGCUGGCACACAAUAUGACACCCAAUAUGGCGAAGAGGUCUCAAGACCUGGCUCCAACCCUCUUGUGCUUCCAACUGUUGAUAAUCCUUAUCUUGGAGACAUCGAUUCUCUGUUUGCCGAUUACGUGUCCACUCCGCGUGUUCAAAACAGUCAGAACUCUCCUCCCAAUGAAGCAUCUACGGCGCCAGUUGCUCGACGAACCAUGUUUCCCAGUGAAGAAGUUGCACGUCCGCAGCCAUCUGUUGAAAACACCAGCAGUGCCGUGCAGGAAGCUGGAUCAUUUGAGAUGGAUCCUCUUCAGGCCUCGGGCCGCUCUAAUCUUUCCAGCUGGGUUUAUGAGCAAACUCGCUUACUCAAAACUCACCUUGCGAGCGCCGACAAUUAUGGAGAAGAUCAUCAGUAUCAGAAGCGUGUGACGAAGGUGAUCAUUCAGAUGUACAAACUUCGGAUGGCUUGUAUGAAGCUGAAAGGUGUGCAGUCGAUGCCUGGUGUGGAUUAG